GAUCCUUUCUUUCUCAAUCUGGGGUGCUCAGGGAUUCUCGUUUUUUCUUCUUCCUAAAGGUGAUGAUGAUGAUGUGUGUGUGUUUGUGUGUGUUAGCACAGAACAUCUGAAGUUGUGGCAGCACAUGUUUAUUUGUUUGGGAAUUUCCUUGUUGUCUUCAAAGUAACUGUAUAUUAUUGUCUGGUAUAUAGGAAGCUGCUUCAUUUCAUUUCAAGCAUCUGGGUCGCUUUGAUUGGAACCUUGCAUGCUGUUUUUUGGAUUUGAUUGUUUUGGUAUCUUGGUUUAAGAACUUUUUGCCAAAAAAAAGUAAAAAAAAAGAAGAAGCUUCUUUGAAUAGUUUUUUAGAUACCCUUUUCUGAGAAAGAGAUUUGGAUUUCAUGCUUGGUCAAAGUUCAUUAUGGAGAUAUUUCCACUUCUCUAGCAUUCAGUACUAUUGCUCAGUGAAAAGACAUGAAGAGCAUUCUUAAGAAGCUUCAUAUCAUGUCUAACCAAUCAGAAAAUGAACAAGGGUCUUCUCCAUCAAAGGGAAACAACUCCAAUCAUGGUUCAUCUUCAUCCUCUAAGAAGCUUUUGAACUUUCGUUCCUCUCAAAGUUCUGAGCAUAAACCCUUUUCGGGGCUCUCAGGUUGGUUGCAUUCAGUUGCUAAUAAGCAAAGUCCUAGUCCUCCAUCUUUGAACCAAGCAAAAGGAGUGAGAAUGGAGCCAUCUGAAACGGUGAACAGUGGGGGUUUGGAUGUUGUUUCAGAUUCAGCUAGGCAUGAUUCAGAGUCUAGUGCUUCGAGGGAUCCUGAAGUAGAGGAAGAGUAUCAGAUACAACUGGCUUUAAAGCUGAGUGCAAAGGAGGAUCCUGAGGCUGUGCAGAUUGAAGCUGUUAAGCAGAUCAGUUUGGGGUCUUGUGACCCUGAUAAUUCACCAGCUGAAGUUGUGGCCUACCGUUAUUGGAAUUACAAUUCUCUUGGUUAUGACGACAAGAUCAUGGAUGGUUUUUAUGAUCUGUAUGGGAUCUUGACUGAGUCAACCUCUGCAAGAAUGCCUUCCCUCGUAGAUCUACAAGGAACACCAAUUUCAGGUAGUGUCACAUGGGAAGCUGUCUUGGUCAAUAGGGCUGCUGAUUCUAAUUUGUUGAAACUUGAGCAAAAAGCCCUAGAGCUGACUGUCAAAUCAAGACCUGAUUUUGAAGUAGUUAUAGAUAACGAUGUGGUGCACAAGCUUGCAAUACUUGUGGCUGACUAUAUGGGUGGACGAGUUGGAGAUCCUAAAAGCAUGACAAGAGCAUGGAGGAGUCUUAGUGACAGUCUGAAAGCAACACUUGGUAGCAUGGUUUUGCCCCUUGGUUCUCUAACUAUUGGAUUGGCUCGGCAUCGUGCGUUGUUAUUUAAGGUUCUAGCUGAUAGUUUGGGCAUCCCAUGUCGAUUGGUAAAAGGACUGCAAUAUACAGGUUCUGAUGAAGUGGCAAUAAACUUUGUCAAGAUUGAUGAUGGAAGGGAGUACAUUGUUGACCUGAUGGCAGAUCCUGGAACUCUUAUUCCAUCUGAUGCAACUGAUUCACAUACCGAGUAUGAUGACUCUAUUUUUGUGGCCAGUCCUUUAUCAAGAGACCUUGAUUCCUCUCGUGUAGCAUCAUCCAGCAGUGGGGUUGGAAGUUCAUUUGAAGAAACUUCAGAUUUUGGGAUAUUAGACAAAGGGAACAGAUCAAAACAUUAUUCCUAUGCAGGGAAAGAAUCCGAUGUAAGCAGGCCCACCACAGGAAAGGAAGAAUCAAUAAGACACUUGAAUGAAUUCAAAAGUCCCCACAAUGUUGAGAAGAUCAUGGGGCAGGAAGCUCCUGGCAGAGCUAAUCAUCCACAUUUGCAUGCAAGAUCUCCUUCUUGGACUGAAGGGAUCAGUUCCCCUGCAGUACGUAGAAUGAAAGUCAAUGAUGUUUCCCUAUAUAUGAUUGAUGCUGCCAAGGAGAACCCUCACUUAGCUCAGAAACUUCAUGAUGUUUUUCUCGAAAGCGGUGUUGUUGCUCCUCCAAAUUUAUUUUCUGAAAUUUAUCAUGAGGAGGUAGGUUCCCCAACUGAGGCCCACUUCCCAACUGAAGAAAAAGAUGAACAUAAACAGGGAAGUGGACGGCAAGAAACUGAGGUUGAUGAUAAUCUUGGUCCUGCUCAAUUUUUGCCUCCUUUGCCCCACUACAGAGUUCAUCCCAAAGCAAGUUCUAGCAGUCAGCUGGAGCAUUUUAAGCCUGUAGAAGGUUUAGGAAUCAACCUUCCUCUUUAUAGAAGGGAAGCAGCUGGACAGCAUGUACCAACUCAGAUUAAAUAUGGGCAAAAUGUCCCGGUUGCUGCUGCAGCAGCGGCUGCUGCCGCCGUUGUCGCAUCUUCUAUGGUAGUUGCUGUGGCAAAGUCAAGCACUGACUCAAACAUUGACCUUCCAGUAGCGGCAGCUGCUACUGCUGCAGCUGUAGUAGCCACCAGUGCUGCUGUCAGUAAACAAUACGAGCAGGGAAGUCGAAGUGAUGGAGAUUCAGACAAUGCUGGCUAUGAGCCGAAGGGUAGUGAUGAUGGAGAGCAUAUUGCUUUAGGCGCAAAUUCAGAAGGCGAGAGAAUAUCUGAUAGAUCAAUAGUAAGUAAUGAUAGCACAAAAUCUGAUUCUGCAUUAGAUGAUGUUGCCGAGUAUGACAUUCCGUGGGAGGAAAUCACGCUGGGUGAGCGUAUUGGACUUGGAUCAUAUGGGGAAGUGUACCGAGGUGAAUGGUGUGGAACUGAAGUUGCUGUAAAGAGGUUUCUUGAUCAAGAUAUAUCUGGUGAAUCACUUGAAGAAUUCAAAAGUGAGGUCAAAAUAAUGAAAAGAUUGAGGCAUCCAAAUGUCGUUCUCUUCAUGGGAGCUGUAACUCGACCUCCAAAUCUUUCAAUUGUUACUGAAUUUCUUCCCAGAGGAAGUUUGUAUAGAUUAAUUCACCGACCAAACAGUCAAAUAGACGAGCGAAGACGUUUGAGGAUGGCACUCGAUACUGCUCGAGGAAUGAACUAUUUGCACAAGUGUACUCCAGUGAUCGUGCAUCGUGAUUUGAAGUCCCCAAAUCUUCUUGUUGACAAAAAUUGGGUUGUAAAGGUAUGUGAUUUUGGCUUAUCGAGAAUGAAGCAUAGCACAUUCCUUUCUUCCAGAUCAACUGCAGGAACAGCCGAGUGGAUGGCUCCAGAGGUGUUGAGGAAUGAACCUUCAAAUGAAAAGUGUGACGUUUAUAGCUUUGGGGUCAUAUUAUGGGAGCUCUCUACUUUGCAGCAACCCUGGGGAGGAAUGAAUCCAAUGCAGGUUGUUGGUGCUGUGGGUUUCCAACAUCGCCGUCUUGACAUCCCAGACGAUGUGGACCCUGCCAUUGCUGAUAUUAUCAGGAAAUGCUGGCAGACAGAUCCAAAGUUGAGACCUACAUUUGCUGAAAUAUUGGCGGCUCUGAAGCCAUUACAGAAGCCAAUAAUUGGUUCUCAAGUGCCUCGACCAAGUGCACCCGGUAAGCAUGAGAAGGCUCAGUCAUCACGUGUGGCAGAAGACUCAGCAAGAUAGGAAACAAUCAUACAACUAACCAAAUCUUUGUUCAUUUUGCUGCUAAAAAAUGGAGGACAAGUUGUAUAGUUUUUUUGAAUGAAAAGAGUGAGUGGUUGAAGCUAUCACCUAACUUAAUUCUAGUUCAAGGUUGUGAUUCUUUUCACUCUUGUGCCUUUCCUUUUCUUUUUUCUUUGUUUUCUCCUUUUUAUUUGUUGGUUUUCCUUCUGCAAUCUGCAGUGCAGUCAUUGUCAAGCUGUACCGUUUGUUUGUAACACAAUUCUUUUGUAAUUGUUGUAACCAAUUCUAAAUUUUGAUACCCAA